AUGUUUGUUCCUUAUAAAAACCAGGAAAUAAAUCACAUUUAUGAAAGAAAUAAUGAAGCUACACUUUAUAUAGCAAAUUUAGAUUCUCAAGUUGACGAGGAAAUUUUAUGUGAACUUUUUAUGCAAUGUGGUAAUGUAAAAAAUGUUCAUAUUCCUAGAGAUAAAAUAAAUGGAUAUCACUCUGGGUAUGGUUUUGUGGAAUAUGAAUAUGAAUAUGAAUGUGAGUAUGCAGCAAAAAUAUUAAAUAUGACUAAGUUAUUUGGAAAACCAUUAAGAUGUAAUAAAGCAUCUCAAGAUAAAAGAUCUUUUGAUGUGGGAGCAAAUUUAUUUAUUGGAAAUUUAGAUAAAGAAGUCGAUGAAAAAAUGCUAUUUGAUAUAUUUUCUUCCUUUGGCCAGGUAAUAACAGUAAAAAUAAUGAGAAAUGAAGAUGAUACAUCAAAAGGACAUGGAUUUAUAUCAUAUGACAAUUUCGAAUCAAGUGAUUUAGCAAUAGAGAAUAUGAAUAAUCAAUUUAUAUGUAAUAAAAAAGUUCAUAUUUCAUAUGCUUAUAAAAAAGAUACAAAAGGAGAAAGGCAUGGAACAGCAGCCGAAAGAUUUAUAGCAGCAAAUAAAGCUUUAAAUUUAUAUCCAGUAAAUGAGAAUGCAAAUAAUAUUUUGCCUUAUAAUUCUACAUCUACAGUAAAUCCUACAAAUAAUAAUACAUCAUUAAAUAAUGAAAAUAAUAUAUUUUUAAAUAAUUCAAUGACUCAAGCAAAUAACAUCAGUAAAUUGCAGAAUGAUCAAAUUCCACCUGUUAUUAAUUCUUAUUACCCAGGAAAUGUACCUCAACCUGUUUCAUCUAAUUAUAUUCAUCCACCUAUGAAUUUAUCAGUUAAUACAAGAGUAAAUAGUUCAUAUAAAUUACCUCAAAAAAUUAAUAAUAGAAUGUUAAAUAAUUUACCACCACCAAGUGUUCCACCAACUUUACCUUCUGAUAUACCUCCUAAUGUAUCUUAUAAUUUGCCUCAUAAAUUACCACUGAAUUUUCCUUCCAAUUUUCCUCCAAAUAUUCCAUCGAAUUUUCCUCCCAAUAUUCCUCCAAAUUUCCCUCCAAACUUUCUAUCGAACUUACCACCAAAUUUACCUUCUGAAAUUUCUCCCAAUGUACCUUAUAAUUUACUUCAUAAGUUUCCAACAAGUUUCCCCACUAACCUUCCUCCAAACUUUCCAUCCAAUUUCCCUCCUAAUUUCCCUCCUAAUUUCCCGCCUAAUAUUCCACCAAAUUUUCCACCCAAUAUACCACCCAAUAUACCACCAAAUAUACCACCUAAUAUGCCACCAAAUUUGCCUCCCAAUUUACCUCCAAAUUUACCCCCCAAUUUGCCCCCUAAUUUACCACCUAAUUUACCUCCAAAUUUACCAUCUGGUUCUCCAAAUUUAUUGCCAAAUUCGCAAUCUAACGGAGCAUCCAGUACAUCAGAAAAAGUUGAAAAUAGCCAGAACAAAAGUAAAGAAAAUGAUUUAAGUACAAAUGAUACACAGUAA